ACCUCUUUGAACAGCUCUAACGAGGUUACUGAAUUACUGUUCAAUCACAGAACAAACAACGCUCUAACUAAUACUAAAACAAUACAUCUCCGAGCUGUCAGCCGUUGACGUCCGUGACAGAAGCCAUUAAAAGCAGUGAACCGGUUUGCAGCCAGGCAGCUAAAUUAGCGUGUGCUCAAGUACAUCGACCUGAACCGGUUCUCAUCCGAACCGGCCCAUUGACGCGUCGGUCGGCGUGUCCAUUUUUCCCUCUCCCCUUGUUGAAUACACCGCCCGCUCGUCGCCUUCUUCCAGCACCACAAUUCUCUUGACGGAUCCCUAUCGCGUCCUGAUGCAAGCACAGUCUAGUAUAGGUGAAGACGCGCGUUAAAAUGGCAUUCGGAGACGCCUUCGAGGACGAAAGAAGUCGUGAUUUCGACAGUCCCUUCCUCAAAUACAAGAGGCAGCGGUCAAAGCCUAAAAGAUUGAAAAUCAUGGCUGCGAUUCUCGGCGUUCUAGCGCUUGGCCUUUUCCUGCUACUGUGGUCGACUACGCCGGAAAAGGUCAAGAAGCACGACCAGAUAAAACUACAGCAAAAAGUGUCGCAGGAGCCGCUGCAGCGGAGAAAGAAAAAGAUGCACUGCGAUCCUGAUCCGCCAAAACAGAACGCCACGCUGGUGAUGCUUGUGCGAAACUUCGAAAUUGACGACGCACUCAGCAGUAUGCGACAAAUAGAGGACAGGUUCAACAGGCGCUUUCGGUACACGUGGACUUUCCUCAACGACGAAGAGUUCACAGAGGAGUUCAUCCAACUGACCAGCGGUAUGGCCUCCGGUGAAACUGAGUACGGACUUGUUCCUAAAGAGGAGUGGUCAUGGCCGGAGCUGGUCGAUCGCGCAAAGGCGCGCACAAAUAUGAGAAAAAUGGAGGAAGACGGAGUAAUUUACGGAGGCUCCCUGACAUACAGACAUAUGUGUCGCUAUAACUCGGGCUUCUUUUUCCGUCACCCGCUCCUUCUCAAAUACGACUACUACUGGCGCGUGGAGCCUAGUAUCGAGUUCUACUGUGAUCUAAAUUACGACCCCUUCAAAUUUAUGAAAGACAACAACAAAGCUUACGGGUUUGUCAUUGCGAUGCCAGAGUACCCAAAAACCAUCCCAACUCUAUGGGAUGCCACACAGCGCUUUGCCGCAAAAUACCCAAAGUACAUCGACAAGAACAACGCAAUUGAUUUCAUAGUAGACGGUCAUCGGGGACUUGACGGCACUUACAACAUGUGCCAUUUUUGGAGUAAUUUUGAGAUUGGAGAUUUGAAUUUUUGGCGAGGGGAAGCAUAUAUGAAGUAUUUUGAGUGGCUCGACGAGGAAGGUGGAUUUUACUACGAGAGAUGGGGCGACGCACCCGUCCAUUCUAUCGCAGCAGCACUGCUGCUCCCGAAAGACAGACUACACCAUUUCGCCGAUAUUGGCUACAAGCACACGCCAUGGCUGAGAUGUCCUUCCGAUGACGAAUCGUAUACUUCCGGACGAUGCCUGUGCAACCGACAGGAAUCUUUUGAUGAACAUGUAUAUAGCUGUCUUCCGCGAUGGUUCCAAAUAGCUGGCCGCAGCAAAGGCUCUCAGCCUUACAGACCAUCAUACUAACUCUGGAGUGCAGCAACACUGAAUUGGGUGAAUCCUGCUUCUCUUCAUAAGCGGCUGUCAAUAUUCUUUUUGGGUUGAUUUUCUUAGGUUUGAUGCGAGGAUUUGAUGGUGAGGAU